AUGCCGCCACUGCAGCCUCUCUCCACCGCUGAAACGCCAGUUCAUCAUGAACCCAAAAAACUUUCUCUUACGCGCAAACUAAUUUUACUGUUUAUGUUCUGUCUUGCUCAGUUCCUAGAUACCGUCAAUAACUCAGCUCUCCUCUCCGCAAUCCCUGCACUCGAGACAUCCAUGGGUAUGACUGAAAGUCAAUACACCUGGACCAUGAGUGCAUACCAGUUGACCUUUGCAUCUUUUCUGCUUAUUGUGCGUGUCCAUCCCAUUGAUUCUGAUUUUACACUUCAACCUGAACGUAUUGCUCAGAGCGGCCGCAUUAGCGACGUGUACAACCCAAAAAUUGCGUUUGUUGGGGGUGUAUCUUUUUUUGGUGUCAUCUCGCUGUGCGCCGGAUUUGUUAGUGAUACCAUUCCGAUCAUCGUUCUCAGAGCGCUGGUUGGAAUAGCUUCUUCGAUGACAGUCCCCUCGGCCUUGGCACUCCUGGUCAAAGUAUUUCCCGAGCCGCUCGAACAAGCUCACGCAAUAGGGGUAUUUGGAGGCUGCGCCUGCAUUUCUAACUCCCUUGGUCUCAUGAUUGGUGCAAUGUUUGUCCAAUGGGCAUCUUACCAUUGGGUGUUCUGGUUUAUGGCCAUCGUGGCUGUGCCAACGGCUCUGGCGUGUGUCUUCAUCAUACCGCCAGAAAUUUCAAACACUAAAAACAAUGUUGAGCCUGGAGUAGCGAAAUGGAAAAGCCUCGACUUACUCGGCGUGACCAUCCUAACUGUUGCCUUGAUUUUGUUCAUCUUCGCUGUGACAUCCGGCUCUACUGAUGGUUGGGCAUCUGCAGGAGUGCUUGCCCCGCUAAUCAUAUCAAUCUUGAUGAUGAUCGGGUUCUUCUAUUGGGAAACACGCAUACCUGUGGACACAGCUGCAAUACCACCCCGGACAUGGUUUUACCCCAAUUUCUCGAUUCUUUUUGCCGUCGCGCUCUUGCCAUUCCUUUGGUGGACCGCAGUGUUCAUGAUCUUUAUGACCCUGUGGCAAAACGCAUUUGAGUGGUCGGCAAUAUCAUCGGCUGUACACAUGCUCCCGAUCGGUAUCACAGCUUUCAUCAUGAGUUUCACCGGAUCGCUGUCUCGGAUCUUCAGUCCGAAAUGGAUUAUUCUGACAGGCCUAUCUUUUUGCAUGGUCGCGACCGUAUUGCUGGCGCUUGGCGGGGGGAAACCUGAGGACUAUUGGCCAUACAUAUUCCCAGCUUUUUCUCUAGGGAGCGCAGGGGUCAUGCUGGCAUUUACGCACGCAAAUAUUGCUAUUUUUCAAACCGCACCUUCGUCCAUGGCAGGCACAGUUGGUGCCAUCUUUAACGGUGCUCUGGAAUUCGGAUCAGCGAUUGGCCUCGCUGGUGUCAGCUCAAUAGAGACAUCCGUGGAAGCCAUCCACGGGGGCUCACACGAGUAUAAAGGACGAGCCGCAGCAUUUUGGUUCCUCUUUACGAUUGUCUCUAUCCAAUUCAUUUCACUGUUGAUAUUCUAUGACCGCAGUGCGGACCACGCACCCCAACCAGAUCACGGCAACCCCAGAAAUCCUGUCCGACGGAGCACGGACUCUGACGAAAAGCUUAGCGACGCGAACGCGACCACGAUCGAACAAACUGAGCUAACGUAUCUGCCGGUGUAG